AUGAACGCAUCUUUUGGAUACCCAUAUCCAACUUAUAUUCCAAGUAAAACUGCAAACGGUUGUGUUGCUGGUGUAGUCAGUAUAUCUUUGAUCGCCUGGCUCAUUCAAUCAUGUCAAGCACGUUUUCAACCAACUCGUAUAUCUGUUCUCUUACUUGUUUCACAUAUGACCAUUUUCAUUGAACUUAUUGUUCGUGCAACGGUGCCUGCAGAACAACAGAACUCGCGAACAGUUUUCGCUAUUACCAAUAUGCUUUUUGCCAUUGGUCAACGUAUGAUCAUCGUUGGAAAUUUUGCAUUUGUUAUGGAAAUUCAUCAUAAAAAGUCACGUUUCAUUCUUCUCAGUGCUAUGCUGUGCGUUAUCACAUCGGGUGUACUCAUGGUACCGGCAAAUAUGUUAGCCUUCAAACCAGAAAACAUCAGUACAAGUUACCUUUUCCGUGAAUUGUCUGCUUCGAUUUUACUCACUGGCACAGUCGUUUUCUAUCCUGUUUGGUACUGGAGCCGAACAAUCCAUGACAUGAACAGCAAAGCACUUGUUCUUAUGUGUGUUUCAAGUAUUAUGUGUUUGACUGUUGGAAUAUUUAAUCUUCUUCAGUCGUUACAAGAAUUCUACACGACAAUUAACCAUCAUGAAGGAUGGUUCUUCGGCUUUCAAAUGGUGCCUAUUAUAUUUGCACAUUUUACCUGGUCAGUUUGUCAUCCAAAACGAAGUUUAACUACGAAUUCUGGAUAUGAAAAAGAAACACAACGUGAAGGACUCACGAUAGAUGAACAUUUUCAAGAGAAUACGAUCUAA